UGUCCAUCCCUAGCUCACACGUACACACAAUUUAAUCGUGAUUUCUUUUUAUUUGUUUCAAAUUACCACUUAAAAACUGAACAAAUAAAGCCCCUAAACCGCUGGCCACAAUGCCGAGUGCCCGUUUUCCUGUGCGCGGAUCUUCCACCUAAGCGGAAGCAAGCUCAACCGCUUUUUUUGGACGUUUUCCGCCCGGGAGUGGGAGAGCGGAAAAUCCACAGGCAAGCCUGCUGUAAUCGGCAAAAUAAGAGGGCUAUAAUUUAGGAACACAGCGGGAAACAGCACGCACAAACGUCGUCGGAACACCAUGGAGCGGCGUGUGAAGCUGAAAACGAUCAACCCGCACAUCACAUGCAAGAUCUGCGGGGGCUAUUUCAUCGACGCCACCACAGUGACGGAGUGUCUGCACACAUUCUGCAAAAGCUGCCUGGUAAAGCACCUGGAGGAGAAAAAGACCUGCCCCACCUGCGACAACAUCAUCCACCAGUCCCAUCCCCUGCAAUACAUCAGCUUCGAUCGCACCAUGCAGGACAUUGUGUACAAACUGGUGCCGAAGCUGCAAGAAGAUGAAUCGCGCCGGGAGCGGGACUUCUACAAGAGCAGGAACAUGCCAUGUCCGAAGGACAUAACGCAGAACCACGAGGACGACAACGAGAAGGUGAUGGAGGCGCACGCCGAGUCCGAUUUCCAUCGCCUGGACGAGCAGGUCAAUGUGUGCCUGGAGUGCAUCAGCAAUAACUUUAAGAACCUGCAGAGGCGCUUCAUUCGCUGCAGCUCUCAGGCGACGAUAACGCACCUCAAGAAGCUGGUGGCCAAGAAGAUCCUCAACGGCAUUGAAAAGUACCGCGAGAUCGACAUCCUGUGCAACGAGGAGCUGCUGGGUAAGGAUCACACCCUGAAGUUCGUCUAUGUGACGCGGUGGCGCUUCAGGGAUCCGCCGCUCCGGCUGCAGUUUCGUCCUCGGGUAGAGCUCUAACAACUGGGAUAGAUAUCGCUGUUCGCUGUUUUUAGUAUAAUGCCACAACAAAUGAUCUAUUUUUAUAAUUUAUUGACAAAGCGUAAAUAUCGUAAUUAGGAGAGAGUCGCUAGUGUUAGUCCCCCGUUCCUCCCAACCAACCAACCAAACCAACCAUUUGUACAUGUAUAAAGUAAUUAUAUGGUUAUCCCUCGUAGGAUUAAGUAACUUUCUAUCUCGUGUGACUGUUUUUUGCCGCCGUCACAAUUUGCUCAUGAUUUAAUCAACACUCUCUGUUUGCAAUAUUUUAUGUUCUCUCCCCCGUAUAUAGUUUCAAAUAUAUUGUAUUUAUUAUUUUAAUG